AUACACACAAGCGUACAUACACGUGAAAUUUCGAAAAUUCUCUACUUCGCAUUCAAAUCUUCCGGCUUAUUUAUCUUUAGUCCUGUCUACAUGUUCUUCGUACUCUUCAGUGACUGAUAAUUGUAAAAAUGCAGCUGGUAUUUAUCAAGAAUUGCCUUAAGAAGUCCAUUGUGUUACGGCCAUCUGUGUUUUACCAAUUUCGACAGAAUCAUGGAGCUCCAGUACAUAAACCAAUCAAAAAGAUUCUUGUUGCCAACAGAGGUGAAAUUGCUAUUCGUGUUUUUCGAGCAUGCACUGAACUUGGGAUACGGUCAGUUGCAGUCUAUUCUGAGCAAGAUAAAAUGCAUAUGCAUCGCCAGAAAGCUGAUGAAUCAUAUUUGAUUGGAAAAGGGCUGCCUCCCGUUGAAGCUUAUCUUAAUAUUGCUGAAAUAAUAAAAAUAGCACAGGAGAAUGGUAUUGAUGCAAUACAUCCAGGAUAUGGUUUUCUUUCUGAAAGGGCUGAUUUUGCACAAGCCUGUAUUGCUGCUGGAAUUCGAUUUAUUGGACCGUCGCCAGUUGUUAUGGAAAAAAUGGGUGACAAAGUAUCUGCUCGAAAGUCAGCUAUUGCUGCUGAUGUUAAAGUAGUGCCUGGGACAGACAAGGCAAUUAUUGACAUAAAUGAGGCUGCUAAUUUUGUGAAAGAACAUGGUCUCCCGAUCAUUUUGAAAGCAGCAUAUGGUGGUGGAGGUCGUGGAAUGCGAGUUGUGAAAAAAAUGGAAGAAUUUGAAGAACUUUUUACAAGAGCUGUGUCUGAAGCUACAUCAGCAUUUGGCAAUGGUGCAGUUUUUAUUGAGAAAUUUAUUGAAAAACCUCGACAUGUAGAAGUUCAGAUACUUGGUGACAAUUAUGGUAACAUUAUUCACUUAUUUGAAAGAGAUUGCUCUGUUCAGAGACGGCAUCAAAAAGUUGUUGAAAUUGCACCCGCCCCAAACUUUAGCCCUGCUAUUCGUGCUAAAAUGACGGCAGAUGCUGUGAGAUUAGCGAAAUCUGUUAAUUAUCAAAAUGCUGGCACAGUUGAGUUCCUGGUUGAUGAGAAAGGAGAUUACUAUUUUAUUGAAGUAAAUGCUCGUCUGCAAGUAGAGCAUACAGUAACUGAAGAAAUAACUGGUAUUGAUUUGGUUCAAUCUCAGAUACGUUUAAGUGAAGGAUACAGUUUACCAGAGCUAAAAAUGAUUCAAGAUCAUAUUCAUAUGAAGGGCUGUGCACUACAAUGUCGUGUAACAACUGAAGAUCCUGCAAAAAAUUUUCAGCCUGACACUGGUCGCAUAGAGGUUUUCCGUAGUGGUGAAGGUUUUGGCAUUCGAUUAGAUGGAGCAUCUGCCUUUGCUGGUGCUGUUAUUUCACCUUAUUAUGAUUCUCUUUUGGUCAAAGUAAUAGCUCAUGCAUCUGAUCUCACAGCAACUGCAUCAAAAAUGAAUCGAGCUCUACGAGAAUUUAGAGUAAGAGGCGUAAAGACGAACAUUCCUUUUCUUCUCAAUGUGUUAGAAAAUCCAAAAUUUCUCGGUGGGACAAUUGAUACAAAUUUCAUUGAUGAAAAUCCUCUCCUUUUUCAUUUUGAAGCUACUCAAAAUAGAGCACAGAAACUUCUUCGUUACAUUGGGGAUGUGAUGGUAAAUGGACCUGCAACACCUUUAGCUACAAAAUUAAAACCUUCUGAUUUAGAGCCCAUUGUUCCAGAAGUGCCUUCAGGUUUCAAGCCAUCUAAAGGUUUCAGAGAUAUUCUACUAAGAGAAGGUCCUGAAGCAUUUAGUAAAGCAGUUAGAAAUCACAAAGGUUUACUUUUAAUGGAUACUACAUUCCGAGAUGCUCAUCAGUCUUUAUUAGCCACUCGUGUGAGAUCUUUCGACUUAUUGAAAAUCUCGCCUUAUGUUGCUCAUAAUUUUAAUAAUUUCUUCAGCAUAGAAAACUGGGGAGGUGCCACAUUUGAUGUUUCAAUGAGAUUUUUGCAUGAAUGUCCAUGGGAGAGAUUGCAAGCUAUGCGAAAUCUUAUUCCUAAUGUUCCAUUUCAAAUGUUGCUGCGAGGAGCUAAUGCUGUUGGUUAUACAUCAUAUCCUGAUAAUGUUGUUUUCAAAUUCUGUGAGAUGGCUAAAAAAUAUGGCAUGGAUAUAUUCAGAGUAUUUGAUUCUCUUAAUUAUUUACCAAAUUUACUAUUGGGAAUGGAAGCAGCUGGACAAGCAGGUGGUGUUGUAGAAGCAUCUAUUUCAUAUACUGGUGAUGUUUCAAACCCUAACCGCACUAAAUAUGAUCUUGAAUAUUAUGUGAAACUUGCUGAUGAACUCGUAAAAGCUGGAACUCACAUACUUGCCAUUAAAGAUAUGGCCGGCCUAUUGAAGCCUCGAGCUGCUAAACUUUUACUUACAGCACUUCGUGAUCGCCAUCCAGACAUACCUAUUCACAUUCAUACUCAUGAUACAGCUGGAGCUGGUGUUGCCUGUCUUUUAGCAUGUGCUGAAGCGUCGGCUGACAUUGUGGAUGUUGCGGUAGAUUCUAUGUCUGGCAUGACGUCUCAACCUAGUAUGGGAGCAGUUGUAGCAUGCCUUCAAGGCACUGAUUAUGAUACUGGUUAG